CAUUCGAAAUUUAACUUCUCUCGGUAGAGCCCUCGGAGAUUACUACAUCAACAUUCAAACGUCUAGACCCUAUAAAUUACUUUGCGCCUCUAAUCAUUGAAAAUGAAAGCUGGAGCCGCUCUUGAUGUCGGAGGUGCCUCGAAGAUGCCCACCACAGGGAUCAGCAGAGGAGUGUCGGCUCUCGGUUUCAUCCUUCGCGUUCUGGCAUUUAUCUGUACUCUGGGGAGCGCUAUUGCCAUGGGGACGACCAAUGAGACCCUCCCCUUCUUUACACGGUUCAUUCGGUUCAGGGCGGAGUAUGACGACCUUCCAACUUUCACGUUCUUUGUGGCUGCAAACGGCGUUGUAAGCGGUUAUCUGAUUCUUUCUCUCCCAUUCUCAAUCUUUCACAUCAUGAGAAGCGCUGCACAAAACAGCAGAAUCGUCUUGGUCAUCUUUGACACGAUCAUGCUGGCGCUGUUGACUGCCGGAGCCUCAGCAUCAGCUGCCAUUGUCUACUUAGCGCACAAAGGGAAUACGAAGACGAACUGGUUUGCAAUCUGCCAGCAAUUCAACUCCUUCUGCAAGCGGAUCUCAGGCUCUCUGAUCGGGUCCUUCGGAGGGAUCCUACUGUUUAUUCUAAUCAUCUUGUUGGCUGCGAUAGCACUAUCCCGGCGCUGAUUGCAAACAAAGCCUUCGUUGAAGAGUUUCAUUUCUUCGAGUUUUCUAUUUUCUUAAAAGUUUAAGCGUGAAAAUUGUGUUCCAGUG